AUGAUGCUCAAAUGCCCUGUAUAACCCACUUGGAGAAUUUGGAAACUGCAUUAGAAUAUGCGAGAACCGUUUUUCAUAGAAAACCUCACAUCAUUCUCGCUAGAAUGCUGAAUAAUUUGGGAAACGCUUUGAGCUCGAAGAAAUCUCUGGAGUACUUGCAAGAAGGCAAGGAAAUGAUGGAUGAAAUUCUAGGACCAAAUCACGUUCAUCCUACUACUUUAGAAAUACUGAAUAACGUUGGAAUAAUAUAUUUAAACAAUUAUGGUGAUUUUGCCAAAGCUUUCCAGUUCUUGCAGGAUGCUCUCAGAAUGAACUCUGUAAUUUACGGAGAUAAUAGCGCCAAUCAUGAUACGGCACUGAUCUAUGAAAAUAUUGCCUUUACUGCGAAACAGAUGGGCAACCUCAAACAAGCUAAGGAAUACUACACCGAGGCUGUUAAAAUCCGCAGAAAAAUUCGCAUAACCAAAGAUUCAUGCGACAAUUUUCUUGACAGUCUUUUUUGCCUAAACAUGAUCUGCGGAACUCUCGAUAAGGAAGAUGAAGCGCUCAAGUUUCUAGAAGAAGCGAGAGAGGUUGCAAAAGUUGUUGAUUAUAAGGGUUGGAAGGUCGUAGUAAUAUUGCAUGAGUUAACGGAGAAAUAUAUCAAUCUGGAGUCCGUUGUCAAAUCAGAGAUCUGCAAUGAAGAAGCAAGAGAGAUGGCUAGGAACUUACCUGAAAAUGAUUCUCCUCCACAUUCGUUGUUCGAACUAAUAGAGUCGCUAAAAAAUUGA